CUGUAAAGUGGAUGUCAGGUGGAUCUAUGUUCUGGAAGGAACAAAGAGGCAGCGAAGGCAGCGCGGGGGAAGUUUGAGCGGCGAGGAUGCAGGCUGUGUACUGGUACGCGGUCCUUCUGCUGCAGCCCACCCUCUACCUGGUUACCUGUGCAAAUUUAACAAAUGGAGGAAAAACAGAACUUCUAAAAUCAGGAAGCUCCAAAUCCACACUAAAGCACAUAUGGACAGAAAGUAGCAAAGACUUGUCCAUCAGCCGACUGCUGUCACAGACUUUUCGUGGAAAGGAAAACGAUACAGACUUGGACCUGCGAUACGAUGCCCCAGAAACUUAUUCUGAGCAAGAUCUCUGGGACUGGCUGAGGAACUCCACAGACCUGCAAGAGCCUCGGCCCAGAGCAAAGAGACGGCCCAUCGUCAAGACUGGGAAAUUUAAGAAAAUGUUUGGCUGGGGCGAUUUUCAUUCCAACAUCAAGACUGUGAAGCUAAAUCUGUUAAUAACGGGGAAAAUCGUUGACCAUGGCAAUGGGACGUUUAGUGUUUACUUCAGGCAUAACUCCACUGGUCAAGGGAAUGUAUCUGUGAGCCUAGUGCCCCCUACAAAAAUAGUGGAAUUUGACUUGGCACAACAGACGGUGAUUGAUGCCAAAGAUUCCAAGUCCUUUAACUGUCGAAUCGAGUAUGAAAAGGUUGACAAGGCUACCAAGAACACACUCUGCAACUAUGACCCUUCAAAAACCUGUUAUCAGGAGCAGACCCAGAGCCACGUGUCAUGGCUCUGCUCCAAGCCCUUUAAAGUAAUCUGUAUUUACAUUUCCUUUUAUAGUACAGAUUAUAAACUAGUACAGAAGGUGUGUCCUGAUUACAACUACCACAGUGACACACCCUACUUCCCAUCAGGGUGAGGACCAACAUGUGUCUGAGACUGAAGCCUGAGGAAUAAAAGAGGUUGUAUGACAGGGCUGUAACCUCAAGGAGGAAGGCCACAUCUAUUGCCUGGAAUGUGUCUACCUGCUGCUGCUGAUGUCAAAUGGCUGCAAAUAUGUUAGUGGAAAACAAUCUAAUGUAAUUUUUGCCCAGUCAGCUCCAUGUGUCAAUCUAG